CGAAAGUAGCACUUAUGGAAUAUAAAAAACAAUUGAAAAAUCCCUUGACAUUUGGUGUUUCCCUAAACUAAAAAAAUCCUCAAAAUUUCCAAGUUUCUCUUGAAUCGAAAAACCGAAUGACCCCAGAGAAAUAAGCCAAAUCGGAUAGGGAUGUCACGAGCGGUGAGAAAAAGGAGGAAAAGAUGCCCGGGAAUGCCGGAGGAGCGCCUGCUGACCCAGGAGAUGUUGUUACAAACGGCAUUCGCUAAAUGGGAAAAACGACUGGGAAAUUUGCCGAACAGUCAUAUUUAUCCCUGCGCGGGUCGACAGGAAAGGUUGGCUGGCGGUGGUGACGAUGAUCCAGAGGCUGAUCCAGAGGGUGAAUCGCGAGUAUCAACCACAGCGCAGGAGAAAGACUCGGCAGGGAAGGAGAGAGCCUCUACAGAGGAAACUCCUCAGGAGACGACUCAACCAGAAAUAUUCAUCGACACCGUAUCUCCAGGGUCUCCUGCGUCUCCCAACGCUGUGGAAUUUUCCCAAGGAUCUACUGGAGAUAAAGAAGUGGACGAGAUAUUUGACAACGCAACUCAGCACCUUCGGGAAGUCGGAAAAGCCUUGGCGACCCUCACCGGAAAUGUUGAGCACGAUUUAAAGCUGAUGCUGGAAGAAGCGACAGUGAAGAUCGGAAACUGGAGAGGGGCUGCUCAGAGUGAAGUGGACAGUGGGAUAAAUGCUUUGAACGAUAUCAGAAAAAGAGUUGUCUCUCAGAACCGAGAGAACGAGAUGAAAGUAGCAGAGGCUGAGGCGACGAAGGCGAUGUAUGAAAAAGUCAUGGCCGAUAGUGGCCUGAAGACGACGAUUGGAACCGAUCCCUCAUACUCUAGAAUUCAGUUACCUCCAUUGCAAUCAGGAGGAGCACCUCCAGUCCUAGUUCAAGGUCAUCCACAAACCCCUGGGGGGAUGCCUCCGGCAAAGGUAAUGUCACAACUACCACCAGGAAGUCAGCGGCAAGCAGAUGGAUCUGUGCUGAUGCCGUCGGGGGCGAUAGUACCGCUUUCAGCGGUUUCAUCGAUGGAGAUCCCUGGAAGUGUCUACGGAGGUCAACUCCCUGGGGUGCCUCCAGGGGCACCCGAGGUCACAGGAGGUGCUUUCAGUUCGCCCAUGGGUGCAAAUGUUUUUGAUCCAUCGGCCCAGGGAAGUGCAUUACCUCCAGCUGCGAUAUCUGGAGGUGCUUUGGAUGGUACUGCGCCUCCUGGAGUUGGACUUGAUUCCUCCAGACCUCUUGGAGGUACCUAUGCUCCAGGUGCCCCUCCUGGUGGCGUAUUCCCUCCAGGUGUAUUUCCUGUUGGUGCAUUCCCUCCUGGUGCAUCUCCUGGUAGUGUAUUCCCUCCAGGUGCAUCUCCUGGAAGUGCAUUCCCACCAGGUGCAUCUCCUGGAGGCGCAUUCCCACCAGGUGCAUCUCCUGGAGGUGCAUUCCCACCAGGCACCUCUCCUGGAGGAGUCGGACCUUCUACAAUUCCUAUAGAACAGUUGGCCUUGUAUGACGGGAAAUUCCAAAUGCCGACUAAUGUCCCGUUCGGGCAGAAUCAGAGAGAGAUGGAGUUGGAAGCGGAGGUGAAUCGCCUGCGCCGAGAAAAUGAGAAAAUAAUGAACGAAAGGGCUGAUUAUGAAAACGCUAUACAAAGGGCGAUACUCAAGGGCGUUACCUCGUUGAAUGACGAGGCUCUAAAGGUCUUGAAAAAUCCACGAAUGGAAUGUUGGACGCCUUGUUUACCAUGUAACUCUACUGAUGAGGGGAAGGCAACCACCAGGACAUCGACUUCGAAGCUUACGAAGGACUGUUGGACUAAUCAACGUGACAAAUCUCGCUCGAUCCUCCCUUCGAAAUUCGAUGUUUUAUGUCGUCAGAAGCCCGAAGAGAAGCGCGAGUCUUCUCGGUGCAGAAAAGCACCAGCGAUGAAUGUGUGUUAUUCAUCACCAGAUGAUAAAAAAUCAUCUCAGACAAACAUGAUGUGGACGGAAAACAGUCCUCCCCCCUAUCCAAGGAUAUCCGCUGGUCCUGGCAGCGUCGGAUCCAAAACGAUCUGCCUCGAUGGAAAAUAUCGAAAGGCUUCCAGCUCCAAGGAUCGGAGUAUGUGCCCGGCGAAGGGCAAUUGUGCAGAGUUGCUUCACGAAAAUUCACGUACCCUUCACUGCAUUGACAUUUUUACACCAGCAAUGAGACAAACCACUCAAGAGACCAAACGCUGUGAGCCCUGUCAAAGGAUUCGAAAGAUUUUUGACCGCUGAAUUCGGGAAAGAGGUAAACCACAGGGUUUUAAAUCAUACCAUCGACAUUUCCAUUUAAAAUAUAAUUAUAAUCUCAUAUAAUAUCAGAAGAACAUCGUAAAUUCAAACAAUUAAACAUUCAAAAAGUAUUUGUCACUCUUCCAUCAACAAUUGUCGUCACCAAGUAAAUAGUUCAACAAUUAUGAUUAAAAUUUUCCGCGAUCUUCAUACAAAAAAAUAAUGUCCGAAUACUCGUAAAUAAUUCACGACACUUGUUCCCAUCGUUAUCUUGUCGAUCGGAGCUCCGCAGAGCCCGCGUAUUAAGAAUAAUUAAAAGCCUGUGCAAUUAAUAAAUACGGUAAAAAUAAUAGUGAAUCUCUAGCAUUGGCUAUUUCCAUUG